AUGCCACGAGAAAUGAUUUCGAUCCAGACGGGCCAAUGUGGGAAUCAGGUUGGCUUUGAGUUCUGGAAGAGAAUGUGCAGUGAACAUGGCAUCGGGCCCGAUGGAGUGUUGCAACAAUUUGCGCAAGAUAGUAUCGAUAGGAAGGAUGUGUUCUUUUAUCAAGCCGAUGAUGAUCACUACAUUCCGAGAGCGAUUCUACUCGAUCUUGAACCAAAGGUCAUCGAAACGAUUCAGGAGUCUGAAUAUCGUCAUCUCUUCAAUCCUGAAAAUAUAUAUGUACCAAAAGAAGGCUCUGGGGCUGGAAACAACUGGGGAGUCGGAUAUUCCCAGUCGGACAAGCAUAGCGACGAGCUUUUAGAUAUUAUUACACGCGAAGCAGAAGAUUGCGAUAAUUUCGAGGGUUUUAUGCUCACUCACUCCAUCGCUGGAGGCACUGGAUCUGGAAUGGGGUCCUACUUGCUCGAACAUCUCAAAGAUGCCUUUCCUCACAAGUUUAUUCAGACCUAUUCAGUGUUUCCGGGCAUGAAAGAGUCUUCCGAUGUGGUGACGCAGCCCUACAACAGCAUCCUGGCUCUUUCCCGCCUCACGGAGUUCGCGGACUGUACAGUGGUUCUUGAUAAUACAUCCCUCAAUUCCAUCGUGGCCGAGCAGAGCAACGCGGGCAGUUUCCCCAUCUCCCAAAUCAACGCGUUGGUGUCAAACGUUCUAUCGGUGUCGACCUCGACGCUUCGCUAUCCUGGCUAUGUAAACAGCGAUUUUGUGAGCAUGAUGUCCGGAUUGGUGGCUUCGCCGCGUCUUCAUUAUCUCAUUACCGCGUACACGCCGCUCGUCGAGAGCUCGCUGCAGGCCAGCACGGUGCGGAAGACGAGCGUGUACGACGUGCAGCGACGAUUGCUGCAGAAUAAAAACCUGAUGGCGGCGGUGAACACGCGGAAAGGCGUGUAUUUGAGCGCGCUCCACGUGAUUCAAGGCGACGUGGACGCGUCUGAAAUUCAUUCGUCGCUCCAACGAAUCCGAGAGCAAGAGUUGGCGCGGUUUAUCCCGUGGGGACCCAACUCGAUUCAGGUGGUCUUGGCGAAGCGGAGCCCGUUUGUGCCGGCUGCGUCGCGCGUUUCGGGGCUGAUGAUCGCGAAUCAUAGCGAAGUGGGAUCGGUACGAAGCGGUUUUUGGAGUGAGACGCAGAUUUUUAAGCAGAUCGGAUCGCAGUUCGAUCGGUCGUUCGCUCGCAAGGCGUAUCUGCACAACUAUCUGAAUCUGCCGCUGUUUAACGGAGAGGACGCGGAGUUCAAAGAGUGUCGCGAAGUCGUGCGCGAAGUCGUGGAGGAGUACGAGCAGGUGCAGAACGAUUCGUAUUUGCAAUGGCUGCGAGGCCAGAAUUGGAUUGUUUGUUUUUCAGGAAACACGACAAAGUACAAUCACUGCAUUCUACGCAUUUCCUCGCGGAUCCGACGCAUUCGCUCUUCCUGCUCCGCUUCUUUCUUCGUCUUCUCGCUUUCGCCCGUUCCCUGUCCUUCUUCUCCAUCGUCCUUCCCUCGAUUAUCAUGA